UUGACAUACAGUAUUUGUAAACGCCCUUUCUAUUCGGCACAAGCUCCGGAGUCGCACAUAACAUUAGUAACUUCACACUGAGAUACAAAAUACUUUAUUUCUUUCUGUUAACAUGUUUUCCAAGGAGUGUUUGUGAAGACCAAGUGAGAAAAUUGGAUUGACUAGGCUCAUGCUAACAUGCAGUCGCCUGUUAAAGUUAUCGUGGUUGGAGCCGGGAACCGCGGUGAGACAUACUCCGACUUUGCCUCUGUCCACCCUGAUCGCCUGAAAGUUGUUGGAAUUGCUGACCCAAGACUUUUUGCACGAAAGAAGCUCCAGGAGCGUCACAACGUGCCCGAAGAAAAUGUAUUUGAUGACUGGCACUGUGUAGCACAAAGGGAGAAGUUUGCAGAUGCAGUAUUUAUUUGCACUCCAGAUCGCCAUCAUAAGGAACCUGCAGUAGUUUUGGCGAAGAAGGGUUAUCAUAUACUUCUGGAGAAGCCAAUGGCGGUGACUCUAGAGGACUGUACAGAGAUUGCUGAGACUUGUAUUCAAAGCGGUGUGAUACUAACAGUGUGCCAUGUUCUCCAGUACGACCCGUUCAUCAGAAAAAUAAAAGUGCUUAUUGACAGUGGAGCAAUUGGGGAUGUCAUUCAUAUCCAACACUUUGAACCAGUGGGCUUUUAUCACUUUGCUCACUCCUUUGUGAGAGGAAAUUGGAGAAAUGAGGCAGAAAGCUCUUUUGCUCUUUUAGCCAAAUCCUGCCAUGACCUGGACUUGAUUCAUCACUGGGCUGGAGGACGGAGGUGUAUAAAAGUUUCAUCAUUUGGAUCCCUCAGCCAUUUCCGAAAAGAAAACAAGCCACCAGGAGCAGCAAAUCGGUGCUUAGAAUGUUCUGUUGAGACAGACUGUUCGUAUUCUGCAAAGAAAAUCUACCUGGACAGAGUUAAAAAGGGAUGGGUGGGAUGGCCAGUGUCAGUUGUGUGCAGAAAUUCAGUUGUUGAUAUUGAGUCAGUAGCUGAGGCCUUGAAAACAGGUCCAUAUGGGCGCUGUGUUUAUGAGUGUGACAACGAUGUGUGUUCAAAUCAGGUUGUUAACAUGGAAUUUGAAGGAGGCCUCACUGCGUCUUUUAGCAUGGUGGCAUUUACGGAGGAGAUAUGUCAGCGCCAUACAAGCAUCUAUGGCAGUAAGGGGGAGCUGACUUAUGAUGGCCGCCAGAUCAAAGUCUUCGAUUUUCUCACUCAGACGUCCACAAAGCACACAGUUGAUGUGAAGGUACCUGGAAGCUUCGUUACAGGGGGUCAUGGUGUUGCAGAUUAUCAUCUCGUUGACGCCUUCGUCUCAGCUGUGGCGAACGGAAACCCACUGCUGACCCAUUCCGGACCAAAGGAAACACUGGCAAGUCACAGGUUGGUGUUUGAAGCUGAACGUUCCCGUCUCGAGAACAGAGUUGUGAUGUGUGCGACUGAUCAUGACUAAAUGAUGAACACCAAAGCUUCUUUUAUUUUUAUGACUGACUUUAUGUUUUGGUUUGUCUGAGUUAUUCUGCAGGAAGCAUAUGCGUUCAGGAGCCAAUAAUGACUGUGAUCUGUGAUAACAUUACCUCUCUUCCAUGUCAAUACCAGUUAAUGUAGGCAAAUUGUGUUUCAAAUUGUGUUGUGUUUCAUUGCAUUGUGACUCAGCAGUCCAAAAAGUCAUUCCUGACCUCACGUGUUUUAGAGGGAGCACUUUAACCUUUACUCUCCUGAGUUUAGUAUCCGUGGUUUAGAAGGAAAGUACUUAAAACAAAAAAUGGGGAAAAUAAAAUGAUGAAUGUCUAUUUACUAACAUCAAGUAAAUUUUCUUUUGUUUUGUGUACUGGGAUUUUUAGAGAUUAACUAAUAAGGUAUAAGUUUUACAUUUGUCUCUUAAUAGAACAAAAUAAGCACAGUAGAUUAAAAUAAUCAACAUGUAUAAAACAAUUAAGUUAAGAACUGCAGUAUAUGUAUUCAUCCUUUAUGUGUCCUUAAUUAUUUCCCUCCAUUUAUAUGAAUAAAUGUUGAAAUGAACCAUCCUACAUGUUU